AGAUCACUCUUGAAGGAAGCAACACACCCCCAAGAUCACUCACUAAUAGCACAAGAAGAGAAUUACAAACAAAGAUCUCUCAAAGAUCAAAAACUCAAGUUAAAGCUCAUGUAGCCCUUUGCUUGAAAAUAGCCGUUUCUAGCUGUUGGGGGUCAUUAAAUGCUCUGUAGGACACAAAGCUCGAGUUGCAGAAUUGUCAGAAGAGCUGGCUUAACUUCCUAGAGCCGGCUCUAAACAGUCGGCUCACCAUUUCUACAGCCGGCUUUGCGGGAUUCCUGCACAUUCUAUUUUCCUCGAGAGCCGGCUGCAAAACUUUAAGCCGACUUUGGAACUCCGACUUUAAAUACAUUAAAUACUCUUCAAAAGAGUCAAUCGUUGUGCAUUAAAUGCACCCUCACAGCCGGCUGCAAAGUUGGAGUCAGCUUUGCGUCUUUUCUUCGCACGCGCCAAACAACGGUCUUCAAAUUUUUGCUCGUAGAGCCGGCUGUAGCUUCCAGAGCCGGCUCUCUGCACAUUUUAAAUCCUUUUGGUCUAUUUUUAGUGCAAUCCAAGUUUACUUGCAAUCUUUUAGCAACUUAACUACACACUUAAAUAAACCAAUUAGUCACUCAAAUGUGUUUUGUAAUCAUCAAAAUCAUAGGUACAACAAAAUCAACUUGAGUUUGGAAAGAAGAGUAUGAAAGUGUCUAGGAAAAUAAGCCUUGGUGAAAAGGUCUGCUGGUUGAUCAAUGGAGCCAAUGAAAACCAAAUGAAUAAUUCCUUGUGCAACAUGAUGGUGAACAAAGUGAUAGUCAAUCUUAAUGUGUUUAGUGUGUCCAUGGAAGACAUCAUUAUGAGCAAUCUACAUGGCACUCUAAUUGUCACAAUAAAGAUUAGUAGCAGGUGGUUGAGGAACACCCAUAUCUUCCAGUAGCCAACGUAAGUUAAGUAACUCUGAUGUGGUGUCUCCAAGUGCUCAAUAUUCAGCCUCUGUGCUAGAACAUGAUGGAACUGUUUGCUUUUUGCUACGCCAAAAGAUUAAGGAAUCAUCAAGAAAAAGACAAUAUCCAGUUACAAUUAUUAGAGUCUCCAGCCCAAUCAGCGUCAGAGCAAACACAAAGUUCAAGAGAUGAAUAAGUAGAAAAGUGAAGU